UCUCUCCUCCAUACCCUGGUGUCUCCUGUGGACGGGCUCUCACCGGUUGUUUCCAGCUAUGUAAUGUCUUUCGUCAGAACAUGGAGAUAGACCAGUGUCUGCUGGAGUCUCUCCCCAUUGGCCAGCGCCAGCGGCUGGUCAGGAGGAUGCGCUGUGACCAAAUAAGGGCGUACUACGAGAGGGAAAAGAGCCUUCAGCGGCAGCAAGGCGGAAUCAAGGUUCGAGUCCCGCCCACACACCGCAAGAAACACCGUGUCCGCUUCGGCCUGGCAGAUGUCAUACAGGAUGCCAUCAUUCGCCAUGACGACAAAGAAGUGUUGCGUCUCCUGAAGGAGGGAACGGACCCAAACACUCCCACUUCUUCCGGGGGAUCCUUGCUACACCUGUGUGCUCGCCAUGACAACGUGUUUGCAGCAGAGCUUCUGAUUGAGCGAGGUCUGAAUGUCAACCUGCAGGACGAUGAUCAGUGGACAGCCCUGCAUGUGGCAUCAGUGUGCGACCAUGCAGAUGUGGUGCUGCUGCUGCUGCUGGCCGGGGUGAAUGUUCUGCUGCAGGAUGUCAAUGGAAACAUUCCUCUGGACUACGCCUCCGAGGGAACGGAGACCAGCUAUAUCCUUCGAAAACACUUGGAAGAAAAUGGUGUGGAUGUAUCAUCCAUGCACGCCAUGAAGACACAGAGACCCAGCACGAUGCUGUCUGAUGUUAGACAGCUUGUAGCCACAGGAGGAAAACUCAACCAGCCCAAUGAUGAGGGGGUCACUUUGCUCCACAUAGCAUGUGCCAGCGGUUACAGAGAGGUCGUGUCUGUGUUGUUGGAGAGUGGAGCGGAUCCUCAUCCUGCUGACAACAACUUCUGGACCCCUCUCCACCUGGCUGCUAAAUAUGGACAGACAAGCAUCGUUAGCCAGCUCCUGAGGCACGGAGCGAACCCGACUCUGUUGAACUGCAACCAAGACAGGCCCUCAGAUAUUUCUGCAUCAGAGCCAAUAGCUGAAAUGCUGCUGAAUGCCGAGGAGAGCUGGCUGCAGAGACUAAAGGACCCCUCUGCUCCUCUGCCCUCCACUGACCAACGCUAUGAUGGCGGUUCACACGACCUCAACACUCCUGUCAAGAACUUGAACCCCCUGGGGCUCUCUAUCUCUAAGCGGGACAGUCUGCUGGAGAAGUGCGCCAUGUUCAGAGAGGCAGGAGGAGCACUGAGCCGACAGCCCUCACAGGAUAAUGGCCUAGAUGGCCCCUUUAGCUCUGGAGCCAGCAAACUGGAGCAGGUCAAGCUGAUGCCUCCAGCUCCCAAUGAUGACCUUGCAUCCCUCAGUGAGCUCACCGACAGCAGCCUCCUCUACGAGAUGCAGAAGCGCUUUGGCAACGACCAAAUCUACACUUACAUUGGACACAUCCUCCUGCUGAUCAACCCAAACAAAGAGCUGCCCAUCUACUCCACGUUGGUGAGUCAGUUGUAUCUGAGCUCCACGGGUCGUCUGUGCUCCUCUCUGCCACCUCACAUCUUCUCCUCAGCAGAAAGAGCUUACCACAUGAUGCUGCAGGAGAGACGCCCGCAGUGUUUUAUUUUAAGUGGUGAAAGUGGUUCUGGGAAGACGGAGGCCUGUAAGCACAUAGUGAGACACCUGACAGCCCGCUCCAGCCCUAAAGGGUUUAUGCUGGAGCCCAGAAUGAAACACGUUAACUGUAUUCUGGAGGCCUUCGGUCAUGCAAAGACUCUGAGGAACAACAACUCAAGCCGCUUUAUCAAGCUGUUGACCAUCCAGUACUGUGACAAGAGGAGGACACUGCUCAGAGCCCGUGUGUACACCCACAUGCUGGAGAAGUCUCGUCUGGUCCACCUGGCUCCUCACCAACACAACUUCAACAUCUUUUAUCUGAUGGCUGAAGGCCUGUCAGCGGAGGAGAACAGCGCACUUUACCUCAACAACGUCCUGGCUCAUAGGUAUCUUAGUGGAGGACUUUCAGGGGAGAAACUUCCAGUAGCUACAGCCUCUACUCAGAGCAGGGAACGCCUUGCAGCCGUCAAACAAGCCCUGCGAGCCCUGGGCUUCAACAAGCAGGAGGUUGAGUCAGUGUUUAUGCUGCUGUCUGCUGUGCUCCAUAUUGGGGACCUACGUUUUACUGCAUUGACAGAUGCCGAUACAGCCUUCCCCUCUGACCUGCAGCUGCUGGAGAGAGUCGCCGGAUUGUUGCAGGUGUGCUCCAAUGACUUAAGCACCGCCCUCACCUCUGACGUCCAAUACUUCAAAGGUGACGUUAUCACUCGGCGCCACACAGUGGAGAUGUCGGAGCAGUACAGAGACCAGCUCGCAAAGGCCAUCUAUGGACGCCUUUUCAGCUAUCUUGUCAACUGCACCAGUGACUACCUACAGGGACAGGAUGACAGCAUUGGUGAUCCUGCCCUGGAAAUUGGGAUAUUGGACAUCUUUGGGUUUGAAGAAUUUCAGAGGAAUGGAUAUGAGCAGCUGUGCGUGAACAUGACCAAUGAGCGUCUGAGGCAGUACGUCUCCAAGGUACUAUUCCAGCAGGAACAGGCUGAGUGUCUGCAGGAGGGCAUCGCCAUGGAGACCCCGCGCUCCCCCAGCAACCAGCCAGCCGUUCUGGACUUCUUUCUUCAGAAGCCUCAGGGGCUGCUGUGUGUGUUGGAUGAGGAGAGCCAGAGCCUGCGGCCAGCAGAGCAGACCCUGUACAAGAGGCUAUCGACCCAGCUGGAGUCCAAUCCCACUCACGGCCUCUCUCUUACAACGAAGGAUGGCAACGGAAACCCCCCACCCAAAGACCAGGGCCCAGCCUUCACUGUCAGCCACUAUGCUGGACAGAUUUCAUAUGACCUCACAGGAUCGCUCACAAGAAACAAGGACUCCCUCCCUCAGAAUCUCCUGUUUACGAUGAAGUCCAGUGAGAGUGUGUUACUGCAGCAGCUCUUCCAGUCCAAGCUGACUCAGACUGGUUCUCUGGUGCCAGCAGCCCAGGGCCGUGCCGGUCUGAGGGGGCCUAAAGCUGCCCUGUUGCUCCACAGGAUGUCAUCAGCUUCUCUUAUCACUACCAACAAUGUCCCCCAACAGCCGCGGAGGUACCACGACCUUACCAAGAUCUUGAAGAAGAAAGGCUCGAGCUCCUUCCUUCAACGGUUAGAGCGCUGUGGGCCCGUCACAGUGGCUGUCCAGCUGAGGAACUCACUGUCAGAAGUGAUCAGUAAGCUGCAGGCUUGCACUCCUCACUUUGUGGAGUGUGUGCGCCCCAACGCCAGUGGUCAGCCAGACAGUUUUGACAGCUUCCAUGUGUCUACCCAGCUGCAGUACAUCGGGGUGCUCGAGAUGGUGCGCAUGAUCCGUUAUGGAUACCCUGUCCGCCUGUCCUUCCCGGGCUUCCUCAGCAGAUAUAAAGACCUCGUGGUCCCGACUUUGGGAGACAAGAAGAAACUGUCACCAGAAGAGAGAUGUCGCUCCGUUCUGCAACAGUCCAAACUCCAGGGAUGGCAGAUGGGCAGCAGCAAGGUGUUUCUGAGAUACUGGCAGGCAGAUCAGCUCAACGACCGCUGCUACCAGCUUCAUAAAAAGAUCAUCACCUGCCAAAAAGUGGUUCGUGGCUGGCUGGCCAGACAGCGCGUUCACCGCAGGCUGUCAUCACAGCAGAAAGAAGAGUGCAGUGUGCAGCGUUUCCUGCAGGGGGCAGAGGACAUGGGGCUGCGAACCUACGACCAGCUGGUCAUCCAAAAUGCAUCCGACAUCGCGCGAGAGAGCGACCGCCUGCGCUGCCAUGGCAACAGCCUUCUCAACACCCUUGGAAGCAGCCCACCACUUGGUGAGAGGCCCGAGCCGGUGGGAAAGGAGGAGGAUCAGCCUAUCAGGAGGGUUGUGGAAAAAUGUGGGAAAGUCUAUGAGGGUCCUGUGAACGGGGGAAGUCGAGUUAUUCGCCACUUUCGCUCCAGCUCAGUACCCAUCCCCCUUGCCAUGGAGAGCAUGGCCCAUUCCUCUGCCAGUCCGUCCAUCAAGCCAGCCCUGCAGCAGGUGGCUCAUACCAACGAAGACACUGCAGGCGGGGGAGGUCUCUCCUCUCCUCGGAAGCAGCCUCCUCCCAAACCAAAGAGGGACCCAAACACUCGUCUGAGUGCAUCUUAUGAAGCAGUUAGCGCAGGGUUGACGAUGGCAGCCAAAGAGAGCCCCACUCCUGAGGGGUACGGUUCACCAGCUGGAAGCCCUCCUAAAUCCCAGCUGUCCCCCACAGACCCUGCAGCCCUGUCAAAGCCCCGUCCACACAGUGAUGACUACACAACCAUGAGGAAGGUGCCACCUCCCAAACCAAAGCGUAGUCCCAACACUAAACUGACAGGCUCAUAUGAGGAGAUCAACGCUGUAGCACCCAGCAUCCACCAGCUGCGCCCCGCUGAUGUAAAGCUGGCCUUGCUGUCCCGUGCCGGGGGAUUUGGAGGAUUUGGUGGUUUGAUGCAGAAAGCAGCAUCUUUGGAUGCUCCACACGGGGUGGGACUGAGCCUGUUCCAGGGCCAAGACGAGGAGGACGUGUAUAUAGAGAUGUUGGGGUCCCAGCCCCGGGCUCGGAGCCUCCAGGAGCCCCCUGAUAGCCCAGAGCUGGCUGACUCAGAGGCCGUCUAUGAGGAGAUGAAGUAUUUUCCUCAUGAAGAUGGUGCAACUUCUACCACUGUGGUGAGCAAGGCAGCCAAACUGGAGGCUCUAGGGUUAGGCCUUGUGGGAUUAGGGGCAUCUCCUCCUCAGAGCGGGGAGACCAAACGGAUGACAGCCGGGGUGGCCGCUGCUGUAGACAUCACUCACUCUCAGAGCACGUCCAAUAGUGGAGCUCCCAAAACCCAGCUUGGCAAAGAUGGCAGCUGUGAGAUCCCUGCUCCCUUCCCAAACCUGCUUCCCCACCGUCCACCUCUCCUGGUGUUCCCCCCCUCCCCCGUCACCUGCUCUCCUGCUUCAGAUGAGUCUCCCCUCACCCCACUCGAGGUGAAGAAGCUGCCUGUGUUUGAGACAAACCUGAACUAUGCCACUGGCCCAGACAGCCCGCUGUCCCCGCAGUAUGCUCGUCAGAGGGCUGACUCCUCCCCGAGCCUCACUGUCCUCAUGCCAGAGAAGAAGUCCACACCUCCACUCACCCCUCCACCCCCACCUCCUCCCCCUAAUGCCCCACCACCACCCUACAGACCUCCUUCACAUUUCCCCUUCCCGCCUGAGGCUAACUUCCUGGCUCUGACUCGAGCAGCAUCCGUCACAGGGAGCUCGGACACCCCAAAAACCUCAUCUUCUCAAAGGGCAAGCGGGGAACCACUUGGGAAGCCACCUCCCUACUCCCCAGUAAAGAUGUCCCGUCCUGAGCCUCGGAGGGCACACUCGUGCUCCUCCUCUCCCCUGCUGUUCAACCCAGCCAAUGGCAGACCCCUGACCAGCCCGCUGGAUGAGCUCAACACUCUGUUCAGCUCAGGACGCAGCCUACUGAGGAAGUCCACCUCUGGCCGCAAGAUGAGAGAUGGAGGAUUCAAUUCUAACAUCAAUCUGCCGGGGAGGGAAGAAUGUGGCUCUGCGCCCACCUCACCAUCUCUGCAGCUACAGGACAAGAACGCCAACAACCACACACAUCCACACUCUCCAAGCCCCGCCCCUGUAGAGAACGGCAACCAGAUCUCCAAUGGGUCGCUGGAGGAUGAAAGUCACAGCAAGUCAAACUCCUCCAGCUCCACCUCUCUGCACAGACACAUGGACAGCCAUCAUACGCAGUUGUUUCAGCGGUUACGUCUGUCCAGCGGCGAUGAGAGUGCCGCCCUUGGAGAGCUUCUGCGCUGGCGGCGAGCGCAGUGUGAGGGGCGGGGUGACUGGAAGCACCGUCCGCCUCAGUCCCCAUCCCUGCCCCCCACGCUGCUCUGGACCAACAGGAAGGCCUCUCCAUGACAGAGGCUGUGUGAUGCAGUCACAUGUAUUGGCUCUGAAGUUGCUCCCUCUCUUUCUCUUCAGCCACACUCGCACAUGUUUUUUUUUUCUCUCUUUUUUUUUUUUUUUUUUAAAUGUGGACCAAGUAACCUCAGCGCCCAGGGACAAGGUUAAAGCUCCAAGCCCCAAAGCAUGAGCCUCGUCCCUGGGCUGAAGGUCCUGCCUGUGCGCCUUUGGAAUUCAGAAACAGUAGAGGUCCAUAAGGAGCUGUUUUUUUGUGAAGGAAAAUCCAAUUGCUAUUUAUUUUCAGUUCUGAGAAAAAAUGUCCAUCAAUCGGAGGCUAGCCGUGUUUUCAUAGAAGUCUGAUAUUGAACGGCCCUUUUAGUCUGUCUGUACACUCUUACGUUUUGCUGCUCACAAAGGAGCUCCACCCCAAAACAUGGUGCUGAUUAUACUUGACAUGUUGCCCUGUGAAGUUCCCAUGAAUGCUUGCAUGUGCGCCCGUGAGUCUCAGACCUCUCUGAAGUUUACAAGUCAACCGACGCCUUUGAACAGCCUCCAGUUUUCAGCAUCAGUGUACUGGCUUCGACAUGGGACCUUAUCAGGUACAGCUCUCACUUAGCCUCUCAUCGUUUGGGCUCUCAGUGCUACUGCGGCCCUGGAAGCGAGCGACCAGGGUUCAGGGUAACCUCAGUAAAAUCCCAAGGUGCACUUCUCUUCCCUAUUGUUACCACCAGCCUUUGAGGGAUAAAAACCUCUGGCCAAAAUGCAAACUACUGCACUAACCUUUACAAGGAAAAGAGGAUCCAACAAAAAGAAACCUGCUUUGGUUUAAGGUUUAAAGGUAAAGCUUCAAUAACACAUAGCUUUAGCUGACAAGAAUAUCGUUCAUGUUGUGAACAUGAAGCUCUGUGCCAAAGUGACACAACUUGUGAAAGAUACAUCUAAACUAACAAGUAUAAACUGAUGUAAACAGAAGUCCCCAUAUAUGUACAGACUGACAUAAAUGACCAAAUCAUAGCUGUUACUGUGAUUCAAUGGUGAUUCAUUGGACCUGUUCUGAAAAGAUCGGAAGAAUAUGACGAAAAAAAAAAAAACACUUGAAAAGUAGCGACUUAACUCAUUGUGUCUCAUCAACACUUGAACGGUGUUCGGUGUUGUUCAGGAGACUGUGCAGAGCUCAGGAACUCAUGCACAGAUGAACUCGAUUAUUGUACAGAUUCCUCCUUUGUGGGUUCGUCCGCAAAGACGCCCCAGACCUGUCCUUGUCCUCCUUUCAUCUCUUCUCCCCUCUCGACCCCAACAAACAAAUUCCCCUUUCCCCUCUCUUGGUCUUUGACCCCUCCCCCCUUUUUCCUAAUGGAUCAAACCGGCUCUACGGGUGUUUCCAUGUAACCGCUCUGUAAAUAGUGACCAGUGUUGUAUGUUCUACCUUUUAUUAUAGCAGAGAAGCACAGACAUUGAAAGACGAGGAGGAGGUGAGAUAAUACUGUCUAUGAUGGUAAAACUGAGAUUUAAGAAUGUCUUGGGUUAGAUGCAAUGACUGAGGUAAAGAGAAGAGGUUUAUUUUAAAAUGUGAAUAUCUUUUUUUCAGAAUGAUUGUCUAUGGCUAUGAAAUUCUUUAUACUCUAUUUAAUAUUAUUUGUUUUGUCCCCUCUUGACCCUGUCGUUCUGUUUCCUAUGAUGCAAGGCAGAUGUUUUUCAUUGUAAAUGGAUGUUUUAUUGCACAAUGUUUAUGUGGUGUCGUGUUGACUUCUGUAAUGGGCUGGGUGUGUCCCGACAAGCUGUUUGAUCUCCGAAGAUCGGUCCGGAUUGUUAGAGCCGCAAAGUAUCAAUAGCUCUGAUUGAUUUCUCAUUUCCACUGAUCACCCACAAUGGUUCUGAUUGAUUCAGCCUUACGAAUUAGCAGCACCAUCACAGGAUCGAUCUCAGCUGCUGUUGGUGCGCAAAGGUGCACAAAUAUUCAGAGGAAUCAGAGGAGAUCACUGACGUUCACAGCAGAGAUGGCGAAUCAGAUGAGCUGCAGUUUUGACUGACUGUAUGACUGAAUGUAUAAAUGCAAAGUUUUCUCUCACUGCCUGAAACCCUGUGUAUCUUAUUACUGGAACAUGCGCCUGUAAUCUAAACAGUGACUGCUUAAUGUGAUUAUUGUCUUCAGAAGUUAUGUGUGCACUCCAUUUUUUAAGAGCAAGUUAGGAACGCUGCAGCAUUUCUGAUAGGGUAUUGAUUUGCUCCAUGAUUUUCACCUUGUGUGCUGCGAUUGGGGUUGCAUGAGUAGCACUGCAAUGCAGAACUAUGUUAUUUUUAUCAUAGCGACAUCGUCAACAUAUCUGUGAUCAAACAAAAGAACCAAGAUCAAGCUACUUAACCUUGCCAAUGCCAAUCAAAGAGAAUUUAUAGCCUCUGUAUUGGUCCUCAUUAUGAUCAGGGUUCUGGUUAGUUGUGUGCAUUACGGUUUUGUGAAUUACCAUGUUUACUGAAAUCAUGAAAUGAGGAGUUUUUUAUUGUCUUUUAAAGCAUAUCAGUGCUUUUUACCUUGCAUGACCACAUGUCGGGCCUGGCCCUUUAUAACGUGUUCAUGCUGAAAAGAUUUUUAAAAAAGGCUGUCUAAUGUGAAGAACCGCUUCCCACUGCACUGUGAAUCACUGCACUGUCCCCCGUCUCCCAUCUCAGCACUCAUCCAUUCACAUCCACCUUUAACUGGACCGAUCUGCACACACAUCGGCUCCAUCGCAUCCAAUCCCAGACGACCUCGCUCAGUCCGUUGUAAGCAUUACCAAACUCUGGCAGCCAGAUUACUGCCAGUCGUUGUUGUUAGUCAGGAAUCUAAAGAUCCUCUGCUCUGAGAUCAGCUCUCUGGUGCUACAGCCAGUGCAGAAUGGCCAUUUUAUUGUCCCCAGUCCAUGUAUAGUUGUCCAGAGAGACACGAUAUUUUAGCACCUGAACAGGGGUAUCUCACUGCCUUUCAUAGUGUUGUUGUUUUUGUUUUGUUUUUUUAUUGUAGUCUUUCUUUUGUACAUGACAUACAGUAUAUUUUAACCUGCAUACAUAUGUGUUUGUGGAAAGAAAAAAGAUUGUAUGUGAUAUUUCAUAAUUAUUAUGUUCCCAAUGUUUUAUAAGUA